CAGGGCGGAAGACGACAGGAAGGCACAAAAAAACCCGCUGCUUUUUUCACGAAGGGUGGCAGUGUUUGAACGGUUGCCAUGGCACCCUUCCUGCGAAUCGCGUUUAAUGCCUACGACCUUGGAGCCCUUUCCGCUUCGGCUGAGGCCCCCUUCUGCGCCGUAAAGAUGAAGGAGGCCUUAAGCACAGAGCGUGGAAAGACACUGGUCCAGAAGAAGCCCACCAUGUACCCUGCCUGGCGCACCAGUUUUGAUGCGCAUAUUUAUGAGGGGCGUGUCCUGCAGGUGGUGCUUAUGCGGACAGCUGAGGAGCCGUUGGCUGAAGUCACAGUGGGCGUGUCUGUGCUGGCAGAACGCUGUAAGAAGGCUAACGGGCGUGCAGAGUUCUGGGUUGACUUACAGCCGUCAGGCAAAGUGAUGAUGUCAGUGCAGUUUUUCCUAGAAGAUUCAGAUACAGCCUGUAGACAUUCGGUGAUGAUGCAGGAGGAGGCUCCCACUCUGAACCGUCGGCGUGGGGCAAUUAAACAGGCCAAAAUCCACUUCAUUAAAAACCAUGAGUUUAUCGCCACCUUCUUCAGACAGCCCACCUUCUGCUCUGUCUGCAGGGACUUUGUCUGGGGUCUCAACAAACAGGGCUACAAGUGCAGACAAUGCAAUGCGGCCAUCCAUAAGAAAUGCAUCGACAAAAUCAUCGGCAGGUGUACGGGCACUGCCGCCAACAGUCGUGACACCGUGUUUCAGAAGGAGCGUUUUAAGAUCGACAUGCCUCACCGCUUUAAGACAUAUAAUUACAUGAGUCCCACCUUCUGUGACCACUGUGGGAGUUUGCUGUGGGGCCUGGUUAAACAGGGCCUCAAGUGUGAGGACUGUGGCAUGAAUGUGCAUCAUAAGUGCCAGACUAAAGUGGCAAACCUCUGUGGCAUCAAUCAGAAACUGCUGGCUGAGGCAUUAACUCAAGUCAGCCAGAAGUCGACUCGCAGAUCAGAUGGAAACUCUCAGGAUAUUGGAGUUUACCAAGACUUCAACAAAAGCCCUGGACCAGACACCACUGAUGGCCCUCCAUAUGGUCUCCUGUGGGAGGGCUCAAGUCCCCGCCCCCCCUCCCGAAUCACUCACCAAACCCGGGUCACUGCUGACCACUUCACCUUCCACAAAGUCCUGGGCAAGGGCAGUUUUGGCAAGGUGUUACUGGCAGAGUUGCGAGGCAGUGGCCAGUGGUAUGCAGUGAAGGCUCUGAAGAAGGAUGUGGUUCUGAUGGACGAUGAUGUGGAGUGCACUAUGGUGGAGAAACGGGUCCUGGCUCUCGCCUGGGACAACCCUUUCCUUACACACCUCUACUGCACCUUUCAGACCAAGGAGCAUCUGUUCUUUGUGAUGGAAUAUUUGAAUGGAGGAGAUCUAAUGUUUCAUAUUCAGGAAAAAGGACGUUUUGAUCUAUACAGAGCCACGUUCUAUGCUGCUGAAAUUGUAUGUGGUCUGCAGUUCCUCCAUGGGAAAGGCAUUGUCUACCGAGAUUUGAAGUUGGAUAAUGUGAUGUUAGAUGGGGACGGUCAUAUAAAAAUUGCUGACUUUGGCAUGUGUAAAGAGAAUAUGUUUGGGGAAAACAGAGCCACUACCUUCUGUGGAACUCCUGAUUACAUUGCUCCAGAGAUUCUCCUGGGUCAACAGUACUCUUUCUCAGUGGACUGGUGGUCGUUUGGUGUGUUGGUGUAUGAGAUGCUGAUUGGUCAGUCUCCGUUCCAUGGUGACGAUGAGGACGAAUUGUUUGAGUCUAUACGAAUGGACGUGCCCCAUUACCCUUGCUGGCUUACCAAGGAUACCAGAGAACUUCUGGAGAAGUUGUUUGAGCGGGACCCGUCGCGUCGCCUCGGUAUUGUGGGUAAUAUUCGAGCCCAGCUGUUCUUCAAGACGAUCAACUGGUCUGCACUAGAGAGGAGAGAAGUGGACCCCCCCUUUAAACCCAAAGUGAAAGCGCCCAACGACUGCAGUAACUUUGACCGUGAGUUUUUGAGUGAGAAGCCCCGCCUCUCCCACUGUGAGAAGGGCUUGCUCGACUCCAUGGACCAGAGCGCCUUUGCUGGCUUCUCCUUCAUCAAUCCGAAAAUGGAGCAUCUCCUCCAGAAGUGACAGAUGAGCACUUGAACCAAUCAGCAUGGCACAGCAAAGUCACAUGAUCGAAGCAUUUAAUCCUCAUUAGUGUGUUUGUACAUCCCAAACCAGCCCCUAAAACUCUCCCCACAAGUCAACACCAUGAUUUUAGGGUCCUCCCGUUCUUUACUUUGGACUUGAUUCAGUCAUACUGCCAAAGAACUGCUAAAGUGUCACUGAAGUCGAGGGUUUUAAAACCGUAGUCAUGGUGGUGAUGAGGUAGUGGUUGGAGUUCAGUUAGCAGAGACUUAACCUUGAUGCCUGAUGACUCUCACAUGUGUCUCUGUGGAAGAUCUUUAACCCCAAGAAUGACCCAGAGGUGCC